UUGCGGAGGAAGGGGAGGGCGGCCGCCGGGCUCUGGCCUCACAUGACUGUUGCCGCGAUGGACGGCGAGCCGCCCGCAGGCACCGUGGGCGCCGGCACAGAUUUGGCAAAGCCUCCAGUAAAUGAACCGAGGGAACCGGAACAGUUUCUAAUGCAGGCACCCCAGGGAAAUCCACUGCUGCUUUCCCACACCCUCCAAGAGCUAUUGAGCAAGGAUAGUGUGCAGGUGGAGCUUAUACCUGAGAAGAAGGGCCUUUUUCUGAAACAUGUGGAAUACGAGGUUUCCAGCAAGCGGUUCAGAUGCUCAGUCUACAGGCGCUACAAUGAUUUUGUGGUGUUCCAUGAGAUGCUGCUUCAGAAGUUCCCAUAUCGAAUGGUGCCAGCACUUCCACCAAAGAGGAUGCUGGGAGCUGAUCGAGAAUUCAUAGAAUCCAGGAGGAGGGCACUGAAGCGCUUUAUAAACCUGGUGGCUCGACAUCCCCCCUUCUCAGAAGAUGUACUCUUGAAACUCUUUCUGUCCUUCAGUGGCUCAGAUGUACAGAAUAAGCUAAGGGAGUUGGUCCAGGGAGUAGGAGAUGAAUUUAUGACCUGCAGAUUAGCUACCCAGGCCAAGGACUUCCUUCCAGCUGACAUACAGGCCCAGUUUGCUGCCAGCAGGGAGCUCAUCAGGAAUAUUUAUAAUAGCUUUUAUAAGCUCCGGGACCGUGCAGAGAGGAUAGCUUCUCGAGCCAUUGAUAAUGCCUCAGAUCUUCUCAUAUUUGGAAAGGAGCUAAGUGCUCUGGGCUCCGACACUACACCGCUUCCUUCCUGGGCUGCUUUGAAUAACAGCACAUGGGGGACUCUGAAACAAGCCCUGAAGGGUCUGUCUGUUGAAUUUGCACUUCUGGCAGAUAAGGCUGUGCAGCAGGGUAAACAGGAAGAGAAUUAUGUGGUGGAGAAGUUGAACCUUUUCCUGGAUUUACUCCAGUCCUAUAAAGACCUGUGUGAAAGACAUGAGAAGGGGGUGUUGCACAAGCACCAGCGAGCAUUGCACAAGUACAGCAUGAUGAAGAAGCAGAUGAUGAGCGCCACCGUGCAGAACAAAGAACCAGAAUCGGUGGAGCAACUGGAGUCUCGGAUAGUGGAGCAAGAAAAUGCUAUCCUGACCAUGGAGCUGCGGAAUUACUUCUCUCUCUAUUGCCUGCAUCAGGAGACGCAGCUCAUCCACAUCUAUCUGCCUCUCACCUCUCACAUUUUGGGGGCCUUUGUCAACUCCCAGAUCCAGGGUCACAAAGAGAUGAGUAAAGUUUGGAACGAACUGAAGCCCAAGUUGAGCUGCCUCUUUGUGGGAUCUACUAAUAUGCCAACUCCACCAUUGUCACCUCCAGAGGGAAACUUCUUCUCCAAUUAAAGCUCUGAGAACCUAACAUGGAGCAAGAAGUGCAAUCAAGAAAGGGGUGGGACCUCUACCUCCAGAUGCUAGAAUGAAUCCUCCAAACAGCUAUUUUUUGUUGUUGUUUUUGUUUUGUUUUGUUUAUUUUGAUACCGCUGCUUUGAGCUGCUCUGAUUUAGACAGACUGGAUGUGGGGUAGGACAUGGAUGGAAAGACAAUCUCUUAAUUUGGAAAUGCUCUGGGGCAGAGCUGAUCUUCAUUAUCUUACAGACACUCUUCAUGGGGUCUGGGUGAGACCUGGUGCAUUUGCUGCCCAUUGUUGCUGAAGCCUCUGUACCUUGUACUAAGAGUUCUCCAGUCUUGUUUCUCUGCACGCAUGCCAACACCUCUCUGAAGUGCUGAGGUGAGCAGGACAUGUGAAGCAGUAGCUUGUCAGAGAGAUGAAUUGUCUUUUAAGCGCGGGGAGGGCCUGUGUUAGGGGCAUUCGUGUGUAAAGGAAGCUGAGCGCCUCCUCCCCCUCCCCCCCCAUCCUGUUGAUAGGUGUCUAGAUUUAAUUUCUUACUGUCAGACUUCAGCACAAAGUAGGUGAAUGAAGUAGUUGGAGUCCCUGACCCAGCUGGGAAGGGGUUAGUGCUGCUGUGUGACAGUCAUUUCUCAGUGAGGCUGGGCAGGCUGCAGUGUCAGCGUGUUCCAAUUCAUGGUUGCAGGGCAGCCUGGGGACUUGCUCAGAUUUUUUCAGUUUGGGGCCAAAGACAGCUGGGUUCAGGAACCCAGAGGAGUUUGCCUGACAUAAAUGAGAAAAUAAUUGAGUCCAACACUCCCUAAUGGUGAACCACUCGUAGUGUAUGAGCACAACAGCUACAGGUAGCUUGUUUAUUUUCUUCUGGAGUUUCUGACAUCCAUCUGUCGAGUAGCUGUUGAGGACUUUCGGAGAGCUACUGACCCAAAGGCUCAGUGUUUUCUUGGGUCUAAUAGCAGGUGGAAUAUCCUGUUCCACCAGCAUGCUGGGACACAGUGCUGAUAAAGUUCAUGAGCAAAAAAUCAGUAUUUAUCAGGAUGUUACUGUCGUUCUUCUUUCCUAGCUGUGAGUGGCAUUGGAGUGUGUUAGUGAAGGAGAGAAGACAAUUAAGUGAGAGCUCUCUCUCUCUAAAAAUAGCACAGUCCUUGGUAAUGGGGUUUUCCAAAUGAUUUCUGCUUGUGAUAAAGGGACUAAACAUUUUCCAUCUAUCUCCAGUGACUUUCCCUCAUGAGGCAAAGCUCAAGUGUCCUGUUACUGUAGGGGAAAUUGUGCACAUCCUCCAGGGAAACUGUAACUGAGGAGACUGCAAAGGGACACAGCAAACCUACGUGAACAGGACUCUGCUGAUCCUGACUUCUCUGGGACCAAACAAAUGCCAAAGGGGAAUUUGAGAUUUGGCUUCUUAGCAUUUUCUUUGAGUGGGUAAAAAGGAAGCACACUAAACAAGGAUGAAUGCUCACUGGCAAACUGGAGCUGUUAACAGUAUUUUUCCUGUUGGGGAACUUCCCCCAUUAGCAGGAAAUGUAUUUAAAUCCUCCAAUCACAAAAGCUUUUUAUCUUUCUUUUCAUAUUUUUUUGGGUUUG